GAAGUCUGGAAACAGGGACAGAUGAAGCCUGCAGGGAUCACAGAUGUAAGAAAGGUCUGGGGGCCACGAGCAUUCCCCAGCCAGUGUCGCCGAAUUUUGCCAGGCUUCCUCUGGCAGCUGCACCCGCCUCCCCCAGCCCGAGGCCCCCAGGGACAUAGACUUGAACUGAACGGAAACGCUGCAGCUGGGGCUGUGGUGGGGCAGUCCCGAGGGGCUGAGAGGAAGAGGAGUGUCAAGGACCCCCUUCCUGGGACCUGGCCAAGUGGACGGAUGGUCAACACUUGCCUUGGGGACCUGCCCUGCGCCCUAGGGCUCGGGACACUGCUGGCCCUGCCAGGGGUCCUGGGCUCAGGUGGCAAUGUCAAGGACGGUGUGAGCUCCAGCUGUGUCACUGUUAUCCUGCUGUUGCUGCUGCUCCUACUGCUGGUCACUGGCCUGGUCCUGGCCUGGCGCCGCCUCAGCCGUGACUCAGGGGGCUACUACCACCCGGCCCGCCUGGGUGCCGCGCUAUGGGGCCGCACCCGCCGCUUGCUCUGGGCCAGCCUGCUAGGCCGCUGGGUCCAGGCCCAGGCCCAGCCUGAGCUGGGGUCACCACGUGAGGAUCCGGAGUGGCAGGAGGAUGAGCAGGAUGCAGAAGACUACUGCUUGGAUGGUGGCCGGGAGGAGGCACAGCGGUGUAGCGCGCAGCCCAGCCUGCAGCAGGCCCCCGAGCCCAAGCAGGAAGCACGUGACCGUGAUGGUGGUGCCGACGGAGGCCUGGGACUCAGCUCCCAGGGGCCAGAGGGCUCAGCUGGCAGUGCUGAGGCCCUACUGAGCGACCUGCAUGCCUUUGCUGGCAGUGCGGCCUGGGACGACAGCUCGGGGGCAGCAGGGGGCCAGGGCCUCCAUGUCACCGCACUGUAGGGGCCAGUCCUGGGGUGACUGUGCCUCUGCUUCCCCAGCUGCCAUGACUGGACACAGCCUGCCCUGGACCCAAUGUCACCCACACCUCCACAGAGAGAGCCUCAGACUGUCACUCGCACCCCCCAGUUGUCUCCAAGGCUGUGCAUCCCCACACCCUCCAGGAAGGUCACUCACUCCCAGGGCAUUGGGCAGCCAUCUGAAAUAAAACCCUCCCGGC